UCUCAGGAGUGUGUGUGUGUGUGUGUGCGCGCGUGUGCGUGUGCGGGGCAGAAACAAACAGCGAAGCGUUCGCAGAGCCGCGAGUUCCCGUGCGAUAUGACUAACUCCGCCAGAAUAUCGUGUCGAUCUUUGUAUUCCGCUCGUUCCGUAUCUAGCAUCUCGUACCAAUUACCGCGGGAGGAGUGUAAACAUCUCUGAAAUCAGGAAGUGGGAUGUGGCCCAGGUGAAAAGCUCGUUAUAUGGUCGCGAGCGUGGGCACCGUGACUGAUGGCACGCGAGCGGUCACACACAUCAGGAUGACGCGUCGAGAGUGUGCGAUCAAUAUGUGAAUUUGUGUGUGGACAGUAGUUUAGAGAAAUACAGCGCCCAUUGCAGUGAAGUCUUCGGUGCGAGUGUCAGCUCAGCAUCAUUAUGGACUCGUCUGUGGCGCUGGGGAGGCUGGAGCUCGCGCGUCCGGUAACGACCCGCGGCUCGUGUUUACCGGAGGGUGCGCAGGGCGCUCACCUGAACGGCUGCGUGCCGCUCUCUCAUCAGGUGGCCGGACACAAGUAUGGCGUGGAUAAAGUGGGCAUCUUGCAGCAUCCUGAUGGUACGGUUCUAAAACAGCUGCAGCCUCCUCCAAGAGGACCCAGAGAGAUGCAGUUCUACAGUAUGGUGUAUGCUGAAGACCACUGCGACCCCUGUCUUGUAGACCUCCAAGCGCAGCUUCCCAAGUACUACGGCACAUGGUCCUCACAAGACGCUCCCACAGACCUGUACCUCAAGCUGGAGGAUGUGACACGCAGGUUUCAGAAGCCAUGCAUCAUGGAUGUGAAGAUCGGCCAGAAGAGCUACGACCCUUUCGCUUCACAGGAGAAACGGGAACAGCAGAUCAGGAAAUACCCACUGAUGGAGGAGAUCGGCUUCUUGGUUUUGGGAAUGAGGGUGUAUAAAGUUGGCUUAGACAGCUUUGACACCUAUGACCAGCAUUAUGGAAGAGGUCUCGUGAAGGACACGAUCACGGAAGGUUUAUCCAAGUUCUUCUACAACGGCGACAUUCUUCGCAAAGACGCCAUCACUGCCAGCAUUCUCAAAGUCCAGAAGAUCCUUCAGUGGUUUGAGGGCCAGAGUCGGUUCAACUUUUAUGCAAGCUCUCUGCUCUUCGUCUACGAGGGCAUCUGUGCGCCCAGUCUUGUCUCCCAGAGCCUUCGGGAUAGCCAGAUCGCACCCGAGGCCUGUGAGCAGAACAACAACAUCAAUCAGAGCCUCUCUACGAUAUACUCCCUGCACAAGAAAAGCUGGGCCCGGAGCCACUACCAAGCCAAACAGGACAACGGCGUUUGGAGCUCCUCACAGCAGCCCAAAGGCAACCGCGGCUUGGCAAGACUGGAAGAGGACAGGAAGGAGAGCAAGAGCGAAGCGGGACAGGAAACGGUCAGUGACGUGGAGGUAAAGAUGAUUGACUUUGCACAUGUCUUCCCUAGUGACGUUCCUGACCAGGGUUACAUCUAUGGCCUGAAGAACCUACUGAAGGUCCUGCAUCAGAUUCUGGAGGAGUGAUGGAACGGUUCUUGAAGGUAUGAAUUUUGUAGCCACUUUCAUGUCCGCCCUACACGCCUUUCUCUAAUCUGCACUACCUACACCAUCAGUGAAGUAACAUGUUUGUAAUCCUUCGUCUAAUGUAUGUGCUUUAGUCUUUUAACAGCUUUAUAUAGUUUAUGAUAUCUUACUCAGGUAAAUGAAUCUAUAAUGCUUGUAUAUUUAUCCAGACAAAAGAAGAAACACUCUCAUCAUAUUAUGCCUCAGAUAUUGCAUAUUAGUUCCUGUUUCCAGAGCCAUUGCAGGAUUUUUUUUUCUUUUUAUUAUUUAAUUUU